AACUUUUGUGGAAUUUGCCCAGUUGAUGGUCAGUGGACAAACUGGAGUGAAUGGACUGCAUGUGACGUCACAUGCGACCAAGGCAACAACACACGCAUGAGAACAUGUACCAACCCGGAACCAAAGAACAACGGCAGUGACUGUGUAGGCGAUGCCAAUGAAUAUAAACGUUGCGACCGCGAACCUUGCCCUGUUCACGGCGGUUGGAGUACGUGGCUGUCAUGGGGAUCGUGUUCGGUGUCCUGUGGAAUUGGCAUUGACAGUCGAGAUAGGACGUGCACUAAUCCAAAACCGGAACGAUUUGGUGACCACUGCUUUGCACUCCCCGCCCAUGUACAAAUGGCAUGUGGUCUGCAUGGGAACAAUGGGCGCCAUGUCCGGUCACGUGUGGGUUUGGUGUUACAUCACGUGACAGAAAAUGCAACAAUCCCGCGCCAUCUUUGUUAGGUCAACAAUGUGAUGGACACGAUAGAGAUUGGCGGAGUUGUAGACGGCGAAAUUGUCCAAUUGAAAACUGUCUUGACAUCCGGGAUACGAUGACCGGAGCUUCAUCGGGAGUGUAUACCAUUUCAACACCUGUGACUAGGACUUCCAUACAAGUCUACUGCGAUAUGGAUACUGCUGGCGGUGGCUGGACUGUUUUCCAAAGACGGUUCAAUGGGUCUCUUGAUUUCAACAAAAGCUUUCUAGCCUAUGAAAAUGGGUUUGGUUUCGUCGAUGGAGAACUCUGGUUAGGCUUGAUAACCGUAAAUGAGUUGACAACCGUUGGAACACAUGAACUUCGAAUUGACAUAAUGGAUGUAAAUGGCACGAAGGCUUUUGAAGUUUAUUCCGAUUUUCAAGUUGGACAGGGCUCACAUUAUACACUUCAUCUAGGAGCUAGAACGCUAUAUAAUGCAACCUCUGGAAACUUUACCAUGGUUGACACAACGUUUGGCGAAAAUGGUAUGCCGUUUAGUGCAAAAGACAAGGACAUGGAUAAUAGUAGUAGCUUCUGUGCGCAAGCAUACUUUGGAGGCUGGUGGUAUAAUAACUGUGCAACUAAAAAUUUAAACGGACCCUACAUUUCCUCAAUAUUUGACUAUAGCUACCAAUAUCCUUGGCGCACAACCCUUCGUGAAACAAGGAUGAUGUUUCGCCAGGUGUUGGUAUAAAAUAUUUGACAAUAUAAAAGUGUGUGUUUUAAGUCGCUGUAAGAUAUAAUAUUAGUCUUACUUAAU